GAUGGCGCAGCCCAGGGUUACUGACUUUUUCGCAAGUAAAAAGAAAACAAAUUGUAGAUUACCCACAAAGAGAAGAAGAGUGGAAAUAAAUCAUAAUGGUGAUGAUAUAUCUGCCAUUAAGGAAAGUGCACCUAUAACAUUACAAACUGCGUCUCUUGAUCAUAAUGCUAAAAGCGUCGAAGAAAGCGUGUCAAUUUCAUCAACAAAACCCCGAAGAAAACCAAAAAAAAACUCCAGUAAAACCGAGGUCUCCAAGCCAACAGCUCGAAUAACAAGACAAAAAUGCGUCAAUAAUGUAUUGAAUAAUCAGCAGAAAAUUAAUGAUGCAUUAACUAAUUUAUCGAGUAAAACACUUAAUUCUGAUGUCUCGGAUUUGGAUAAAACAUCAAAACUUCGGACCCUGCAAACUGUUGAUGAUUGUAGUGAGCCCGUCAACGAACCUGAAUACCUUUCAUUACACUGGGAUGAAGUGGAUGGGUCUCAGAACAAGGAGAUUACACCAAGGAAACAAAUUAAGACAGUCAGUAAAAAGGAAAGAAAGUCUCGUCAUCACAAUGCGAAUUUUGAAUCAACCACGCCCUGUGUUAAAAGUAGCACUGAAACAGUGGUAUUGUCAGCAUCUACAAGAAGUGCACGAAAAUGUCUUCAGUUGCAUCCAGAAGAUGAAUCAAUGGCAGAUGGAGAAAACAUUAAUGUUGACAACAUGGUAUCAGAAAUGACUGUUCUGUCACCAAAAAUAUCUCCAAUUCCGACAACUCCACAGAAGGUGCAAUAUGCAAAAACAAAGGGUCCAGAUGAACCAGUGUCGUCUAAAGUCAAAGCGUCAAUUAAGAGAUGCAAGGAGCUUACAGAGUCUGUCGAUGCUGUCUUGUCAAAGACAAAGAAGCUCACUGCUAGUGAAGUAAAAUUUCGACUGAAAAAGGGAGGAAAACUGGAGGAACUGAAAAAACAAUUACUGGAACUGAACAAAUUGAAGAAAGAUGCCAAGAAGCAAACUCCAAAACUAGAGCAGUUCAAUAAGAUUGAAAUACAAGUGGAGCAGCUAUCACCCAUUAAGAGUCCGGUGAAAUUUGAAAAAAGUGAAAUGAAGGUUCCUGCAUUUGAAAAGUUCCACCAUCUUGUGACAUCCCCUCCCCCGACACUGACCCUGCCAUACAAGUACAGGCUGCUGGCCGAAAUGUUCCUCGGGAUGGACACUGUUGUUAGUAUGGUGCACAACAGAAGGGAAUGCUGCACCUACUCGAAACUCAAGGCAGCCGUCCAGUCCAUGACAAAAAAGAAUUUUGAGAAAAAGAAUAUAGGCCAAAUCACAACUGUUUAUCCUACGGCUUACAGUUUUCGUCAGGAGAGGGUCCCUGUGUUUGGACAGAAGUUCAGUGACUAUCAGCUGACAGUGGAGGCAAGACUUGGUGAUGAUAAUGAUUCUAAAAGUAAUGAAGACUCACAAAGGCAAACAUUCACAGCAAGUCACCUCUUGCGUCGACGCCAGACGUUCAAAUUGGGAUUGAUAUCAAUUGUGAAAAGAUAUCAUAAAGAUUUUAUAUCAAAACUCCAACGCCCACUGAACAUCCCUGACAACAAGAUUACACGAUGGCAUCCAGGUUUUCCUCUCGAUGAAGUUCCCGACAUAGAAGAAUCACCGCUACCAGAAGCACCUGUUGUCUACAAAUAUGAAACUGCUAAAGAUGUUCUAGAACAUACAAGAGGGAAAAUAAUUAAAAAGGUGGAACAAGCUCUUGAAAGUGUUGCAGCUACUUCUUCUGUUUCCUCAAAAGUAGUUCCGAAGACUGAACCAAAGAAUGAAUCCCUGAAGCCAGAAUCAAGAUUACACAAGGGCAUACCUCUUUUUCUUUUAGAGAAGAUUCGUGCCAAAGAAGCUCUGAAAUUAGAAGCAGCAUUGACGCGUGACCCACAGGAGGACAAAAAAACUGGCAUGAUGGGAAGACUUCCUGACAUGAUUCGAAUGCUCAGAAUGUAUUAUAUAUCGGAGAAGAAACCUGCCCUACCUUUAGAAUCUGUGGUUCAGAAGCUUUGUGAUAGUUCCAAAUCGGCUAUCUCAUUAGGUGAAGUGGAGAAGCACAUCAAGCUGCUUCUAGAAAUUUGUCCUGAAUGGAUCUCCGUAGUUGAAAUAAAACGAGGAAAAUAUGUAAAACUUGACAAAAAUAAAGACAUUCAGGUUCUGAACACCAAAAUUCAGAGUUUAAUUAAAGAGCGAAAGUGAAUUUUGACAUGAAUGUUUGUGUAUUUGUAUAUUUAUAAUAUAUAGAUUCUGCUUAGAAUUUUAUUUACGUCUUUUGAAAACAUGAUAUGAAUAACUUGUAACAUUGUUUUUAAAAAAAAAUAUUUCAGAAUGUUAUGUAUUAUUAUUCUUAACUCUAUUUAAUUUUUAAAAGAAAACUUAAGCACAAUAAUGUUUCUGUUGCAUGUUAAAUUUUUAAGCCAUACAUGUUUUGGUGCUUAUGAAACAGAACUAAAGAAUUCUGAGCUGUAGUGUGUGUAUGUCAUUAGGUGAAAAUACACUAAAUUAUUGACAGUUAUCAGGCAUCGAAAUAAGAAUGGUCAUUCAGGUUACCGGGAGGUUACCACAUGUAAACCAGGCAAUGCAUUCCGGACUUCCGCGUUUCAUUUUCUGGUAAGGAAUUGCAUCGAUGUGCAAUUGCAAGCAAUAAUAGUCAUUCCGCAUUUAAGCAGCAUCCACUAGAUGAAUUUACUUCCGCGUUUCGUUUUAUCGUACGAAAUUGCACCGAUGUUCGUAUGCACUUGUGCAAUUGCAAAGCAAUUUCGACAAUCUGUGUUUAAACAGUGCCCACUAGAUAAAUUUACUUCCAGAUUUCGUUAGUCGUACCGAUUACAGGAAUUCAAUUCUAACUUUCAUAUAGUUGUGGUAACCUACAGGUUACCAGGCUAUAUUUUGUGGUAACCUGUAAAUGUGUUACCAGACACAAUGCUUAUUUCGAUGGCUGCAGUUAUUAAAUUUUUAUUUUAAAAAGGUGUAAUUUACUGUUUACUUUCAUAUACACAGAAUUGUAGUCACCAAUAAUGCAUUAACAUGUGAUUUUUAACUAAGAUUGCAUAUUUUUUAUUUUGCAUGGAAUUUUUCUAUUUCUACUAUUAUUAUUUGGGUUGCUUGUUACAUCCAGGUAUCGGCUUUUGGUUAAGUAUUGUCAUAGUUCAUAUGUGAACAGGUUUCUACUUGUUUCUUGACCUCUGUUUUUUUGCUACAUAAAUGUUAAAAUCAUGACAAAACUAAACUUUUAGUGACCAGAAACAAAGAAAAAGAUCAUGACAGAAUUAAAUUAUUAUUAUUACUGUUUAAUACAAUAUCUGUUUUUGAUAAUUUUAUAUUGAAUACCAGUACAUUGUAUAUAGAAUUUUUAAAAUUCUUCUGUGCAAAAAUUGUGAUAUCCUUUUCUUUCUUUUUUUUGAAACUAAUCAUGGGUAUAUUUUAAAUUUUAAAAUACUUUUGAUUUCCUUGUGAUCUUACUUACAACAGUUUUAGUAAAAAGCCAUUCUCAUUAUGCGAUUAGCUGUACCGACUUGUCACAUGCAAUGAAAUGUACAGUACGAACACCUAAAUCGGAUAGACAUUUGUCUUAUAUACAUAAAAUUAGAGUCACAUAAUGAGAAUUCUGCUUUAGUAACUGUAAAAGAAAGAAAAUGUUUUAGAGCCCAUCUCAGUUUGCUUGAUGGAACUAAAACAUUGUUUUUGACCUUUGUGCUAAAUACUCUUAGUUACUGUACUACUAUAUUCAAAGACUGUUUUAGUAAGAUUGACAUGUCAAUGCCAAUGCAGAAUAGCUAUGUAAAAGAUUACGCAUAUGUGUUUCUCAUACAUAAAUGUAGCAAUAUAAUCCUCUGUUGUCUGGGGAAAAAACCCUAAUUUAUUCAUCAAAUUGAUUCUUUUGGUAAUUUGUCUUGGUAAAAGAUACGAAUUCAAAAAUGUUUAGCAAGUUGGUAAAUGAAAUGCACUUAAAUAAAUGAAAACUCUUGACUUUAAAAGUGAAAUCAGACACUGGAUUCAAUUGAUGCACAAUUUGUCAGUAUAAGUAACAGGAGAUUUUCAUUACAAAAUAAAAUGUAUAACUGUCAUGACAUUGAAUGUAGCUUGUAUUUUAAAGCACAAUGCCAAACAGUACCAAAUUGCUAAACUGUUUUGUCUUAGUACCUGAUAUAUACUGAUGGAAUAAAAUAAGUUGUCACGCUAACACUAGCAUUUUGCAAACAGUGACUGCAGCCAGUCCUCAUCCACAGUGUCAUGAAGUCAGCAGUGUUACUGGCAGUCGGUCCCACUUUAUAGGAUGAAGAGGUGAAAUUCAGCAUAGAAACAAAUCUAAACAAACAAUCGAUAAAUAUACAGAAUUUCACAUACACUGUUUUCGCUUCCUAUUUAUUGCAAAAGUUUAUUUUGUGCAAGAAUAUGUUCCACGAGACUGUGUAGCAGUCGAGUAGUAUGUGCUUUCAUAAAAUAAACGAGUGCAAUAAAUAGGAAGCAAAAGCAAUAUAUGUGAAGUUCUGUAUUUAUUACAUAAUUUAUUUCAUGUUUUACAAAAAUGGUUUUUAAUUUAACGUUGUAACAACACUUGUAAUCGUACAUGUGUGUGUAUUGUAUUUUUACAGCUAGUAUCUAGUUUUUUCUGAAUAUUCAGCAUAAUUCUGUGUAAAUUUCAUUUUAUGUUUAUCAUUUAAGGACGAAAAUUUAUGUGUUUUUGUCCUGCUUAUACAAAUAAAGAUUUUUAAAAACCUGCUUGUGGUCACUACAAUAAAUUUUCCACCUUCAAUUCAGAUAUCAUUCCUACAAAUCUGAUGAAGUUCAGUUGUUGAUCAACCUCUUAUGAUAUAUUUUGUAUUUGUGACAGUCAAUUUUAAGGAGAGAUAUUCCUCUCAAACUUCAUGGAACCUACAUUUUGAACUUGUGUUCAUGUUUAAUUGCUUAAUUUUAUUCUGUGUUUGGUGGAUAUUGAACAAUUUUGCCUUCUGACCUAUCAUAUGAUAAUUUCUUGAACACUGACUUACUAAAUAAGAUUUUCCACAUAUUUAUUUGACAAACAUUGUGUUUUGAAUGUUUUGGUAAUAAACUACUCAAGAUACUGUCA